AUGGCUACUGGUGCAUUACCCGCAAAACCGAAACAAGAAAUGACACCGGAAGAAUUAAAACAGCGUGAAGAAGAAGAAUUUCGUACUGGUCCAUUAUCAUUGUUGACUGAUGCUGUUAAAAAUAAUACUCAAGUAUUGAUUGCAUGUCGUAAUAAUCGAAAAUUAUUGGCACGCGUUAAAGCAUUUGAUCGUCAUUGUAAUAUGGUAUUAGAAAAUAUUAAAGAAAUGUGGCAUGAAACUCCUAAAACAGGCAAAGGACAGGCGGGAAAAGGUCAAGCAAAACCUAUUAAUAAAGAUCGUUAUAUACCAAAAAUGUUUUUAAGAGGUGAUUCCGUUGUUCUAGUAUUGAAAAAUCCAAACUCAAAAACAGAUAAAUAA